GCUAAAAAUAAUACUAGUGUUUUUCAAAGCUAUUCGUGUCAUUUGUAGUAGUACUAAUAACGUUUUAAAUUUUAAAUUCGACCACCUUUUUAUUUUUUAAAUUAUUUUUAAAUCUGUUUUAUCAGAAGAAAAUAUCUGGAAAUUAUGGUUGAGUCAGAGGGCAAACACAAACAACAUUUAUUAGAUUUAGAUGAUAUAAUAUGUGAACCAACAGAUCCUAUGCCAACAUUCGAAGAGAUUCUAGCUCUUGUGGAUGGAGUAAAAGAAAAAAUCACUAAAAAUGAUAAUUGUGAUAUUAAUUUAUUACUUCAAACAGAGCAAUUAUAUAAAAAUGUGAAAGAUAUUAAAGAUGCCAUCAAUUCAGAUUCAAGCAGUAAGAGCGAUGAAAACCUUUGUAAGGAAUUAUUAUCAAAACAGGCAAAUGAUGAGAAACUUAGUGUUGUUAUGGCUGAAUAUGAAAAACAGAUUGCAAAGUUAGUUCGCGAUAAUGCUCAUUUUGUGAAGGAGCGUGAUACAUUUGAAAUUCAUUUAACAAAUUUGGAAGCAGCAUUUUCUGAAGUACAUCAAAAAUAUGAGCGAUGCAAGGCUGUCAUUGAAGAUUUCAAACAUAAUGAAGAUGUUUUAAAAGAAACGAUUAAAGCAAAUGAAGAAGCAAUAUUAAAAUUAUGUAACAAAUUUGAAACUUUAAAAAGACAUACCAUGGAGCAGCUAGAUAAGGCAAAUAAUGAAGUAGCUGAAACGAAUGCAAAAUACGAAGACGAAGUAUUACGUUUAACUGCCACAAUCAAAAGAUUAGAAUUGAAAAUAGCUUCAUUAAAAGCCGCUGUGGAUCAACGGAACAAGGAAAAUGAGGAAUUAUCCCGUAUAUUUGAUGAUAUUGUGGGAAAAGUGGGUCCCUAA